AUGGUCGUAUCGCCAGGGCAGAUCUCCCAGAGGCGAUUCCAGCGGCGGCUCCUCGUCCAGCUUCGAUCGGUGAGUUCUAGAUCGGCAUUGGAACAGGGAUCGCGAGACGGUAACAUCGGGAGACUGCUUGCCGGAUUGAAAUCUUGCGCCAGGGCAAAAGAUCUUCCGGGUGGAAAGAGACUCCAACGCGAGGCGAUCGCCAGCGGCAGCGCCUCGAAUGUCUUCGUGGCAACAGCGCUGGUGGAUUGCUUCGCAAAAUGUGGAAGCAUGGCAGAUGCUCGCCAGGUUUUCGACGCCAUGGCCAGUCGCGACGUGGUGUCUUGGAACGCUCUUCUCCUUGGCUAUGUCGAGAAUGGCGAGAACGAGCUCGCAUUGGAAUUGUUUGCCGGAAUGGGAGAGAAAGGCUGCGAGGGAAAUGCCAGGACGUUCCUGGCGGCAUUCAUGGCUUGCUCGAGUUUGGCUUCCAGAGAAGCUGGAAAAUCACUAGAGGGGAAGCUCGUCAAGCUAAAGUCACUGGAGAAGGGAAUGGAUCUUCACUCGCAGGCCUGGAAAAGAGGAAGAGAUUGCCAGGAGAAUUUCUUCAUGGCGACUGGACUUCUCGAUAUGUACUCCAGGUGUGGAAGCAUGGUUGACGCUCGACAGGUUUUUGAUACCAUGGAAAAUCACGACAUUGGCUCCUUCAACGCACUGAUCGUGGGAUACGUCGAGAAUGGCCAUAGCGAGCUUGCUUUGGAGAUCUACUCGUCCUUCCGACAAGGUUCUAGCUUGGUUGCGAACGCUAAAACUUUCCUCGCCGCCACCAUGGCCUGUGGAAACUUAGCAGCAAGCCAGGGAGAAAAGAUUCUGGAAACGGGGAGAGCUAUACACUUGCACGCGGUGAAGAGCUGCUGUGACGGGGAUAUAUUUCUGGCAAACAGCCUGGUGGACAUGUACGCCAAGUGUGGAAGCAUGCCAGACGCUCGAAAGGUGUUCGACAGGAUCCCGGCUCCAACUUUAGUGUCGUGGACUUCGCUCAUCCAGGGGUACGUAGAAAACUCCCAGAGUGUUGUCGCUCUGGAACUCUUUGGCCGACUAAUGAAGAAGUGUUGUACCGUUCCAGAUGCCAGGAUUUUUGUCACCGGGAUUAUGGCCUGUGCUAGUCUGGCGUCUCAAGAGCAGCCAACUUUGGGAGAUCUCAGCGGGAAGGAUGUUAAAACCAGAAGCUUGAACAGAGGGCGAGAGAUCGUCUCCAUGGCUGAGGAGAGUGGCUGUGGAAAGGACGUCUUUCUCUUGACUGCGGCAAUCGAUAUGUACGCGAAGUGUGGGAGCCUAGCGGAGGCGCAGAAGUGCUUCGACAGGAUGCCGAGACAUGACACCGUGUCGUGGAACGCUUUGCUUCUCGGCUACGUGGAGAACGAAGAAGCAGACUUGGCACUGGAAGCUUAUCAGCGGAUGCGGCUAGAAAACUGCCUGCCAAACUCGAGAACACUUCUGGCCUUGACGAUGGCAUAUACGGCUUUGGCUACGAAAGAAGCUGGGGAACUCAUCUAUGGCCGGGUGGUGAAGACGAAGAGCUUGGAAAAAUGCACGGCUUUGCAUUUGGAAGCCGAAAGGCAAGGCUUUGCGUCCGAUAUCAUUCUCGCGGGGGCAUUGGUGGAUAUGUAUUCGAAGUGUGGGAGCCUGGCAGAUGCUCGCAGAGUUUUCGACGGUAUGCUACAUCACAAUGCAGUCGCAUGGAAGUCACUGAUCCUGGGAUACUUGGAAGCUGGCGAAGACGAGAUAGUUUUGGAGCUGUUUGGGAGGAUGGGAGGAUUUACAGGCUGCGUCGGCGAUUCUCGGGUGUUGGUCGCUGCACUAGCGGCUUGCUCCAGUGCUGCUGUCCGGGAAGAAUCCACACAGCUCGCCGAUGGAAAGUCCGUAAAGCUGAGGUGCUUUGAGACGGCGUUUGCGAUGCAUGCUCAAGCAGUGCCUCGCGGCUGCUUCUCGGACAUCUUCGUGGCGACUGCGCUGAUCGACUUAUACAUGAACUGCGGAAGGAUUCUGGAAGCUCGAGAGGUCUUCGACAUGAUGGUGGAUCACGACGUGGUCGCCUGGAACGCUCUGAUACUGGGAUACUUUGAGAACGACGAGAACAAGCUGGCUUUGGAGCUGUUUGAGCGCAUGGAAGCUCAAGGCGGCUCGCCAAACGCAGCAACCUUCGUGGCCGUGCUAAGUUCCAGAGCUGCUUUGGCGACCAGAGAAGAAGGAACGAAAACGAUCGAUGGGAAGCUCGUGAAAGUCAAGUCACUAGAGGCCGGGAUGGAACUCCACAGCCAGGCUGCUCAAACGGGAUGCGACUCCGACUUCAUGGUGACCAACGCGUUGCUGGAUUUCUACGCAAAGUGUGGCAGCCCAGCCGAUUCCAGGAGAGUUUUCGACCGGAUGCCUUGCCACAGCGUGGUGUCCUGGACUUCUCUGGUGGCCAGUUACGCAGAGAAUGGAGAGACGGAGCUAGCCUUGAGCAUUUUCUUCCUCAUGGAAGCUUCAACAGGCUUUGCUCCGGUGGCUCGCUCGUUCGUCGCUGCACUGAAGGCCUGUGGAAGCUUGGUGGCUCUCGACUGCGGCAGAGCCAUUCACGCAGCGAUCAACAGGGAUGAUCCUCGCAGCAGCAGUAAAAGCAGCAGUAGUAUUCUUGAGAGAUCUCUGGUGGAGUUCUACGGGAAGUGUGGGAAGGCGGCCAGCUCUCACAGGAUCUUUGAUGCUCUCGCCAGCAGCAGCAGGGACUUGAGUCUGUGGAACUCGCUCUUGGGGAGCUAUAGCCACCAGGGAGACGCGGCUCGAGUUUUGGAGCUCUUUGGCUCCAUGCACGACGAAGGCUUGAGAGGCGAUGGGAUCACUUUCUCGUGCGUCCUCUCCGUGUGUGGCCGGACGGGGAUGGUGGCCACGGGCAGGAGCUUGUUCCAAGCGAUGAAAUCCUCGACGUAUGGAGUGGAGCAAACUCUAGAGCACUUCCACUGCAUGGUUGAUCUUCUUGGACGUGCAAAUCUACUGGAAGAAGCCCUGGCAAUGGCAAAAACGAUGCCAUUCGAGGCUACUACUGUGACUUGGACAAUUCUUCUCAGUGCUUGCUGCAAAUGGAAGAAUUUGGAUAUACUGGAAAUCUUUGCACUGCCACUCCAUCUCUUUGUGUUGCUAACAAUCUUCCAUAUCGUCAAAACUUCCCUCAAGGACCCACUGGAAGAUUGGCUCAACAUUCUAGAUAUGGUCUCCCAGGCUUUUGGUCACUCUCUAGCUCCAACCUAUGGUACAAAUUUCUCUCGAGGGAUCAACUUUGGAAAUGCUGGCUGCACUGCAAGUUUUCCUGCAUCUUUUGUUGUUCCUCCACAGGGGAGGAAUCCAUUUGCCCUUGAGAUCCGGAUUGGCGAGUACAGGCGUGUCCAGAAGCUUGUCCAGUAG